UAGGAUGGGUCAGCCAUGUGUUUGGUUCGAAAUGAUUUUACAGAGGGCGUAGCAGAGAGCAGUCUCGUGGUUCCGGUGUUGCCGCUGACAAACGUUCGUCUUUUCUCGCGAGAUCCUACGAGCUCCACUUUCUUCUCGUCCAGCAUGGCCGCGCUGUAUGAGGGAUACACGUUGUGCGGACUCGUUCCAGGUCAAACUCUGACUAAUUCAGGCAUUCAGGGGAUCGAAGCGGAGAGAGACAGCGACCAUGUCGUCGUCACCGACUCAACCAGAUCUGUCACGUUGUACAAGGUUUCAGACCAGAAGCCGUUGAGCAGCUGGACAGUGAAACAAGGACAGACCCUGACCUGCCCAGCAGUCUACAACUCUCAGACCAAAGAAUAUGUGGUGGUCUCGGACAACAAGGUGAUCAGAAUCUGGAAGGAUGAGGACAUACUCCUAGAUAAGGCCUUCAAAGCAACCGUGUCAUCAGAUGUCUGGAGGGUUCACUGUUUGCCUGGAGGGGAGCCUGUGGUCUUGUUCCAGAGAGGAGCUGUGAGACUCCUGGACUCCCUCCUGUCUGCUCCCCAGCAGCCUAUAGAGGAAGUCCUUGCUCAAGAAGAGUCCAUUAGGUGGAGCACUAACAUAGUUGCGGACUCACAGCAAUUUGUCAUCUUCACAACUGAACUGAAAGGGGACAGUUUCCUCUACCUGCACAGACUGAAUCCCAACACCCUACAGAGGUACCGGCUUGAGAGAGAGGAACCCGGUCUUUCCCCGCUCAGCUUCUCUGCCUCCUACAGGGACAAACACAUCUGCCUGCUUUACCUCUACCCUAAUGGUCAUGUGUACCAGAGCGUUAUCUCUGUGCGGGGCCUGGGGGGUGACGAGGGGGCCCAGGCUCUUCCAUUGCCCAGAAGUCUGCUGCUGGGUCUUCCUGUCGGCGAGGGCCUGCUGGAGGCGGCAUCGGCUCAGGUCCUAGAUGAAGCCCAUGUAGCUGUUGUGGGGGUUCCGCACCCCUCUGCUGGAGCUGGUAAAGACUUCCUCUGCAUCUGGAAUACAAAUUUCCAGACACUUCAGGCUGGAAAAGAGAUGGCGGGUAAAAUCUAUGGACAGCUAUGGACUUUCUCCAACAAGUUAUUCAUUCCACAUGGGAAAACCCUCUCUGUUAUUCCAUACGAGUGCCCCAAAUCCUCCCUGGCUUCUGCCCUUGGAAAACUAAAGCAGGCCAAGACUGAAGAAUUCAAAGCUCCAACUUGUGUACCAUCUUGGAAUAACAUUCUGCAUGGAGAUAAAGCCCAGCCCUCUAGAACAGUUGAGACCAGGAAGACGAGAACAAACCGUAAGACCCAAUCUGCACCCAGUUUAACAGUUGACCAAGUUCUGGAGUUCAUUAGGACGGCACCAGUUGAAGAGGUCCAGAGAGAGGUAGAGGGGCUCCUCUCCAGGGCAGACAUCCAGGACCUGCAGCCUUUGGUGGGGCAGCUCGCAUCAAUGCUUGUGUCCCGGAGCCUGGCUGAUCCAGCCUUCUACACCCCGAGCACCCUGGCACAGUUAGUGCACACCCAGUCCCUCUGCCACAGUGUGUGUCCUGACCUUGUGCUUCUGGCCCUGGAGAGGAGGGACUUCUUUCUGUGUCAGCUCUGCUUGCAGUUCUUCCCUGACAUCCCAGAAGCUGUCACCUGUGCUUGCCUGAAGGCCUUCAUCAGUAUGCCAGACACUGAGGCAGAGAAACUGAGCUUGGAGCCUGACAGUGUCUCCUUCAUGGAAACAUUAAUUGCAAGGGAGCAUGCCCCGGUUGGCUUGCAAAAUGGUUUCAGCCCCACCUCCACUGACCAGGACUGCUCAGAUGCCCCAGGAGGUGGAGGUAGAGUCGUUACGAAGGCUGGAGAGGAGGACAAGGAGAAGAGCUCAACUCCACCCGAGCCGAUCUGUUCUGUAGGAUUACACAAGGCUGUUCUUCUAAAUGAGGUCCUGUUGACGGCGUACAGUGACACUUUCCUUCUCCCACACCUAAAAGAUCUCUCCUCCCAGCACGUUGUUCUAUUCCUCCAGUACCUGCAGUUCCUUUACCUCAAGUAUUCCCAAGAUGCUUCCCCACAGAUGCACGGAUUGAGAUCACCAAGUCUGACGCAGAUCAUGGAUUGGGUAUGCAUGGUAUUGGAUGCCCAUUUCACAGUGCUGGUGAUGACUCCUGAGGCCAAAGGUUUACUGGUGAACCUUCACAGCUUUGUCAAGUCUCAGGUCAGACUGGUUUCUGAGCUUGGAAAGAUCGAGGGCAGCCUCCAAGAGCUCAAUAAGAUGAAGGCGAAGAAGGACGUUGGACAAUACUCCAUUGAAAUCAUUGAGCUGUUUUAGAAUGUGUCCAAUUUGUAUACUUUUAAUAAAUCAUUGCUCAUAAUUUGUCCUCCAACUUUCCCGCAGUGGUGGUUUCAAGGGUUGUUUACUUGUCAACCAAAUGGUUUAAUAUUAAGUGUUUUUGGCACAGUACCAGCAAGCAGACUUCAAGAUGUUUUACUGUGUAUGAACAUAAUUCUUGAUGUAAUUUUGGCAUUGAAUAACUUGCAGAUGCCUUCCAACCAUGUUUUAAACUUGUUAAAGCUGAUGUUGACCAGUCAAGUAAUUUAGUUUGCGUGAUAAAUCAGCAUUCUGCUUACAUGCCAAACUGGCUAAUAUUAGGUUCGUAGAAGGCAUGCAGAAGCCACCUCAUAGGACAGUAUGGCAAAAGUUUGUAAUUUCUAAUUGGACUCUGCCUUUCAACAUUUAAUUGUGAGUGACUGCCUGUUUUCCUGUAUGUGUGCUAAUACAACUGAAUAUUUGAAUCUAUCAGCUGUGACUUUGUACUGGGUUUUCCAACAAGAAGACCUUUUAUUUUGAAUAUAAAUAUAUAUAUAAUAUCAAGAGUA